CCAAAAAAAGAAGGGAAAGUUUCUGAAUCUCCACCCACCACUAUAAUGGCUCUCAAAAUCAACAUCUUCAGGCAAUUAGCUAUGAAAGCUGGAACCCCUGGAAAAUAUUAUAUCAAUCCAUCUCCGAAACUGAUGAGUAGAGCAUCUCAAUGGAGGGUUGUAGAGCAUGAAGAUGGUAUUGAGACGAUAUUCAACAAGGGUGCUUUUAAUGAUGUUACUAUCUUUAUGAAAAGAUACUAUAACCAGGAUAUUGGCGAUUGUGAAAACAAGGAUGACGAUUACAGUUACAUAGUGAAUAAUGAUUAUCUUAAUCAUAGGGAAGCCAAGGCUGAGAAGAAAGACGGAAAUCCAGUAUUUUACUUUCCUAAAAUCAAGAGUGAAGAUAAUAAUAAGAAGAGUUGAUGUUGUUGGAGUUCUUCAGGCUGAGUAGUGGUACUAGUACUAGUAGUUAGAGAAAUGGAAUGGUGGGUUACUGCUGGUUUUUAUGAAAAUUUCUUUCUAGUCUUUUUUUUCUUCAUGGUUUUAGUUUCUAGAGGUGUUUUGAGAGUUGAGAUUGGUAUUUUGAAGAUCAU